AUGAGUAACGUUCUUCAGGACAUUAAGGAGGAGGAAGUCGCGGAAUAUGUUCAAGGGAUGAGCGAGGGGGUUGAACAGAAGAAACGAUCGCCUGCGGCGAUCGGUGGGACUUCUCAGCCACUUACAUCAACGUUUGGAGGAAGUUUAGUUCACGGAACAGGGUUACAAGAGCAAGAAGAAAGACUACCAGUUGAAGAAAUGAGUGAUGGACAGCAUGAGCUUGAUUUAGACUUGAAGCUGGAAAAGGUAGUCUCUCAAGAUUCGGUGAAGCGGCAUGCUGACGUUUUGUUGUCGCAGCCACUGAGCGAGGAAGAAUCCAGCGUAAUACAUAGAAGCGGGGAGGAGGUACUGUUACCUCCACUUCCUGAUAUCAACGCUAAUGUCGGGUCAGUCUUUGUGCCCGAAGCCGAAGAGCCGGAGGAGAAUAUCGAAGAACUUCAUCAGGGUUUGGGUCUUGGCAGUACGACUGGAGGCCUUCUACGCAUUAAUACCGAUACCCUUAUAGAUGGAACGCAUCUUGUGGAGCCUAUGCCGCUACAUUCGAGGGCGUUUGCAGAUUCAGAGCCACCAUCGAUGAUAGCAGCAGAGUCGCUGGCAGCUGAUCCGGAUACUUCUUUUGAUCUUUCAAAGGCGCUCGAGAUUCCUAACCACGACCAUAACAAUGGAAAUGUAUCAACAGUGCUGCCUAAUGGAGAGCUGGAGAACUCUUCAAAUUUAGGUUCCUCGCAUCCGAUUUCACCUCUCGUUUCAGUACCAAUGACUACGCUGAAACGUAAAAUAUCGUUCACUUUCAACAGCAACUCAAACUCUGGGGGAGAAAAUGCAACUUUAUCACCUCCAUUGACACAUUCACAACCGCAGCCACAGGACACGCAGUUACCGCAGAGAAGUUCCAAAUCAAUAUCCAGCAACAGCCGGUCCGAUUCAUUUUCCGGUGGUCGAACUAGUAGGAGUAGCUCUAAUGCAGCGCAUACAGUGCUAUUACCAUCUUACAAUGCUACUCUGGAUAAGUCUGCCGAACCGCACCAUUUUAGUAUUUCACAGGAGCUUCCAAGAAGCCCGGCAAGAAAAAUUAGUAAUGGAAGCCAUAAUAGUGCAUUGUCUGUUCUGAAUGGAAAUAUUAACGGCAAUGGAAAUAUCAACCAUAAUAACAAUUCUAGUGGUAACAGCAGUGGGAGCCAUAGCAGCAGUAGUAGUGGUAAUGUAUUAGGGAAUAACAGUCAUAAUAGCAUGGGAACAUUUACAAGCGCGGGCGUAACUACCUCGGCAGAGGAAUCCUUUUUCAAACCCCACUGUUGGCUUUUUACAAACAAGAGAAGUAAAAUUGGUAUAUCAGGGAAUUAUCACGGAGACCUGUCAAAUGACUUCUCGACAGUCAUGUCAUCCUCGCUAUCAAACAAAAAGACACCGCUUUUAGCUCGUGCUUCUAGCGUGAUCCUACGAAAAACGUCUUUUGUUAAAGAAAAUAACACUAACCCGUCUUCUGCAUCCAGCCCACCGCCCCUAGGACGACUAAACGAUUUCAGAUCGUUGAGCGAAUACACAGCGUCUGAUAAACUUCCGCGGAAAUCACCAUUAGCCCGUAGUAAACUCUCUAGAAAGUCCUCAUUGUCCCCUCAUCCAGCUAUCACGCCUUUUGAAAGCACUGAUCUGACAUCAGUGUCCACAAGGACAUCUUCUGCUGGUUCUCUCCUUUCUCCUGUUAGUUCAUUUACUGCCCCAUCAUUUGGUAGUAAAGUAAGAAGAGGCUUUUCGAGGAUAAUAAGCGGUGGAUAUUCAAAACGUGUACCUUCUAGACGGACAGCAUCAGAAGUGAAGCAAACAACACAAUACCCAUUUCUGGAAGCGUGUGCGGACAAUAACGAUCAGAACUCUUUCGAGAAUGGUAACUCUAAUGGGUCACCUAACUCACAAGGUCAUGAGCAUAGACUUUCAAUUGACAGCACGUCGAUAUCUCAGACUUCACUUUACCGUACAAAAUCUGAUCGCUUCGUUGGUGGUAAUGGAAAUAGUAACAAAGGUCAACCUUUUAUUCCUAAAAGGCAAAAUACCCAGGCGACUCUAGGAUCUGUUCUAUCACCAACUCAGUACCGUCAGAGAAGCUACAGCAGCAUCAAAAACAGCAUGCAGUCUACAUCCUCAGAUGACAUUCAAAUCACGGUAGAUGUUGAGGAAAUUAUGAACAGGUUACCAACAAUAACUAUCACCGAAGAUUUUGGCGCCAAAAAUACAACUCCAGUUCAGACGCAGUCGAACAUCUGGUGCGAUAGGGCCUACGAAGCACGUGGUGAAAGCGCGAACACAACAGAGAAGAUGUCACUGCAGGAAUAUGUCGCUAUCCUAAUCAACCAGCAAAUGAUUGAAGACGAAAGGUUCUCACUCUUGGAGAAAUCAUUUGCCAAGGGCGGCUGGUGUUCCCGGGAUGAUUUGCUAAACCUUAGACGCAAACGGGUCCUUAUUAAUAAGAAAUGGGCGGAGAGGAUUUCGUAUUACCAGGGCAAAAUGGAGGCUUCAUAG